CCAUAAAUAAUCGGCUAUUUAUUUUUUCUCAGACUUUCGUUUAUAAACAUUAAAACCAAUUAACAUUUAAUUAAUUGCAGAAACUCUACGGCGUCCGCGUAGCGCAACGGUUUCGCUUUCGUCGAGGAGAGUUCAAGUUCAAAUUCAUAUCAGCAGCACUCGGCCUCGGUAUCGGGCGCAGUUUAGACUAUCGAUUAGUUUCUCCAUUUUUUACGUUUUCCUCGAUGAAAAGCAGGUGAGACCAUAAUGGAAGACCAACAGUCCAGCGUUCCCGACAGGAAGCUGGGCCAGAACGGCAUCGUCCAGCCGUUACUCACAGACCUGUACCAAAUAACAAUGGCGUACGCGUAUUGGAAGUCCGGCAAGUGCGACGACCUCGCCGUCUUUGACUUAUACUUUCGACGGAACCCGUUCCAAGGGGAGUUCACCAUCUUCGCCGGCUUGGAGGAGUGCGUGAAGUUCGUGGACAAGUUCGCGUACUCGCAGAGCGACCUGGAUUACCUGAGGCAGAUACUGCCGACGAUGGAGGGGGAGUUCUUCGCGUAUUUGGCCACGCUGACGGCGAGGGACAUCACGAUCUACGCGAUCGAGGAGGGCUCGGUGGUAUUUCCGCGCGUUCCGCUGAUACGGGUCGAGGGGCCGCUGAUCGUGGCGCAGCUUCUCGAGACGACAUUCCUGAAUCUGGUCAACUACGCCAGCUUGAUGGCGACGAACGCGGCGAGAUAUCGAAUGGCCGCCGGAAAUCUGACGCUGUUCGAAUUCGGGUUGAGGAGAGCGCAAGGUCCGGACGGCGGCCUGUCCGCCUCCAAGUACGCGUACAUCGGCGGCUUCGACGGGACCAGCAACGUGCUCGCCGGAAAACUCUUUAACAUCCCGGUCAAAGGCACCCACGGCCACGCGUAUAUAACCUCCUUCACCAGCUUCUCCGACCUAAAGACGGCCGAGUUGAAACACCACGACGGUAACCACUCCCAAAACCUGCUGCAACUGGCCAAAAACUGGCGUACGAAGCUGGCGCCGGUCUUCAAAGUUCUAGUGGGCGAAAUAAGCGACGGGGAGCUGGUCGCCUUCAUCUCGUUCGCAAUCGCGUUCCCCCACCAGUUCAUCGCCUUAAUCGACACUUACGACGUGGUCAAAAGCGGACUGCCCAAUUUUUGCGCGGUCGCCCUCGCACUCAACGAUCUCGGCUAUCGCGCCCGCGGCAUUCGCAUCGACAGCGGAGACCUGGCGUACCUCUCCAUAGUCUCGCGCGAGUACUUCACCAAAAUCAGCGAGAAGUACAAGCUGCCAUGGUUCAAAGAUCUCAUGAUAAUGGCGUCGAACGACAUAAACGAGGAGACAAUACUGAGCCUGCACGACCAGGACCACAAGAUCGACUGUUUCGGAAUCGGCACGCACCUGGUGACCUGCCAGAAGCAGCCGGCGCUCGGCUGCGUCUACAAGCUGGUCGAGCUCAACUCCAUGGCGCGCAUCAAGCUGAGCCAGGACGUUAGCAAGGUCACGAUUCCCGGCAAGAAGGACGUUUACCGGCUGUACGGCGAGAGCGGUCACUCGCUGGUCGACCUCCUCCAGAAGUACGACGAGAGCCCUCCCGAGCCCGGCAAGAAGGUGCUUUGCAGGCAUCCGUUUGAGGAGUCGAAGCGAGCCUUCGUCACGCCGAGCAAGGUCGAACGGCUCUACAAGAUCUACUGGAAGAACGGCGAGAUCUGCAAGCCGAUCAGAAACAUGCAGGAGAUCAGGGAGCGAGUGAAACGAUCGAUGAGGACCCUGCGCGGCGAUAUUAAGAGGAAUUUAAAUCCGACUCCCUACAAGGUAUCCGUCAGUGACAAGCUGUACAGUUUCCUACACGAGCUGUGGUUACAAAACGCCCCUAUUGGCGAAUUGUCGUAAACUUCUUGCCGUUUUUAGAAGUAUUAUUUUUUCGUAGGGCUUAAUAUAGUUGAUCAGUCACUAGUUCUUAGCAUUGUGUUACGUAGACAAGAAAUAAAAUUUCUUUACCUGGGAAGCUGUAAAAAUUGUUAAAAAGCAUUUUGUAGAAGAAUAAAGUGUUAUUUUUUUGUUUAAAGAAA